UAUUUUGUUCACGACGGCACAGGUGACAGGAAGAGCCAGUGUUUGAACAGUGAACCCAACUACAAAGCUCUGUUUGACCAGUUUUUCGUUGACAACGGCAACAGAGCUCCUGCCUGUCGAUCCCACCACUCGUUGUGGUUCCAGGUUUCGCGCAUCAAGGAUUUCAGUUGUGCAAAGUAUGUGAUAUACCACUUGGUAUGAAAGAUUCGUUUGAUCAGCACCCAAGUCCAUGUGUCAGCCAACAAAGUCUUCAGUAUGGGGACCCAAACAAUUGCCAGCAGUUUCAAAGCUAUCAAGCCUUGCUGAAACUUAAAUAUACCAACUUAUGUAUGAGCAAAAAUUCGCAAUGGGAUCUUUUGCAUGAUCUUGAAAUAAGGAGUCGAGCUUGUCGUAAAAACAUCACUUCAGUUCUUGCAAUGCAUUUCCACGAUCCUCUUCCGCUGGAUCCAUGUAGCUGUCAUGCUGGUAAAACUAUAUCGAACGAUCAGCCUGUUUUGGAGGAAGGCCGAUUCCAAGAUUGCACAAAUGCAAAAGAAAGCAGCUAUUCUAAUCUUCGGAAAGAGCUAUUUUAUGGAGCGAAAGCGGCUUGCUGCUCUACACUUUUCCAUCUAUGGCAGCAGUUGCUGGAAAUACGACCAUUAGGGGCUUAUGACUGUACAAUGGACCUUAUUCUCAGAGCAGCAAAUAAAUAUCCCAGUGCAGAGUUGGACCCUUGCAAAUGUACAGGCACAUUACCCAUAACAUCCACCAGUACAACGACACGAACUUCUUCGAGAACAACGAAUACAACACCAAGUUCUACAACUACUUAUACAACUACAACAAAUUCAGCCGCUCCAUUUUCUCCGAACAGAUUUCAGUGCCGCAAAUACGACCUUAUUGUUGAUAUUGCAACUGCUAAAUACGUGCACUCAAAUGACUCAACACCAUGUGAAAGCAAAAUCUCCGGCACAAAUGAGGACUUGGUGCUCACACUAUGCAACAUAACGGCAGUGGAGACGUGGUCUCGAGGUCUUCAGGUGAUAAGUAACUGUGCAAACAUCGCCAGCUACUCCCCGAUCGCCACGUUCAGUGCCACAGGGAGCUACCAACCUGCUGAUGCCCAGUCAGGGGUGUUCCUGGAAUGUAUACCCGAAGGAUUCAAGAUGGCCAUCCAACCAUGCAAUGGGGUGCCCCAGAUCAUCCAUGUUGAGACGACCGGUGUGUUUAACAACAACGCCAACAUUUACUACAUGGUGGUUUAGUGUGCACUGAUAAACACUAAAUGUAACAAUCCAAUAUAAAAUUUUACUACACAACUUUGACGGAGAGCGAUGCUUGUAAAAUAAAUCAAAUGCAUAUGAAAUUGUAGUUGCGAUUGAUUAUAUUCAUUUAUGCUCCAUGGCAAUAUGAAUAAGUUAUGUAUUAAAUACAAAUGAGUUUUGCAUGUGAUUUGAUAUCAAUAUGUUUUUUUCCGUUCGAAUGGAUGUAUUAAAUAAUGAGAGUAUAAUACAUUUUUUUAAUUUGUUAGAGAACAUGCGUUUCUAAAUCAACAGCUGAAUGUACAUACCAUAAUAUGUGAAUAGGAUGAGCCAAUACAAAUUAUGUAAAAAGAAAAUCACGUCAUUUACUGGAAACAACGGUAAAUAACUACGUUCAGAUGGAAAAGUGAUAACAACUGAUUGCUCUAGUAACAAAGGGUCACACUCAUCGAGUACGUUCCAUGAAUACUACAUCGCAAUGUUAUAUGACGAAAACAAAAGCAUGGUUAAAGGAUUUUUCUUGAAUAAUAUGUAAACGUUAUGUGUAUUCGAGGGUAGUUUUUACACUUUUGUUCCGUAUUUCAAAAUUAACAAGUUAAGUGCAUCUCAGCGGAAUUUAAGAAUGAUAUAAUCUUGUAGACCUUAAAAUCAUACAUAGACACAAAUUCUUUGUUUUUAAAGUAUGUAUGUGCUUUAUGACAUUGAAUAUUUUGUGUUCUUACUUUCCAUCAGAUAAAUAUGCACCUGCUUCACACGAUCAGUGUUAAUUCGCAUAUCUUUAGUAAAUGUAUUGUAAAUUAAUUGAAUGUGCAUAUGUUGUGUAAGAAUACGUAUAUUAUGAUUAUAUUUCAACAAAGUGUCAGUGGUUACUAAUUAGAAGUUAUUGUGUAUAGUUUAUGAAUUUGUAUUAUUGUGUGUUCAGGUAACAUUACUCUUUGAAAUAAUACAUGUAUUUCGAAGGUGUACGUACCGCUUCCAAUAAUAUUUUUGCGACUAUACAAUAUGUAAGAAGAGGUAAGUAUUUCUUUUUCAAUAAAUGUUUGAAAUAUAA